AUGACCGCAGAUAUAAUCCAGGGAAAGGUUAUAAGCAAAGAACUCCGGCAGAACAUUAAGAAUGAAAUAGAUGCCAUUAAAGCCAAAAACCCAGAGUUCAAGCCAAAAUUGGUGGUAAUUCAAGUUGGUGCUCGUCCAGAUUCAUCAACCUAUGUUAGAAUGAAGCUCAAAUCAUGCAAAGCUGUGGGGAUCGAAGGUGAAUUAAGAAAGUACGAUUCUACUAUUGGUGAAGAAGAGCUUCUUAAGAGUGUCCAUGAACUGAAUGAAGAUACAUCUGUUCACGGCGUCUUGGUUCAACUCCCGCUUCCGGCACAUAUCAGUGAAGAGAAGAUCACAGAUGCUGUGGAGCAGGCUAAAGAUGUGGAUGGCUUUUCUCCUUUGAAUAUGGCAGCUAUUUUUAAAAGAAAAGCUCAACCUUUACAGAUUCCAUGUACUCCAAAGGGUGUCAUGUACAUGCUUGAUCACGAAAAGGUUGUUAUUGACGGUAAAAACGUUGUUGUCUGUGGAAGAUCGGACAUUGUUGGUGGACCAAUGGCUAAACUUCUCGAGAAAAGAGGUGGAACCGUCACUAUUAUUCAUUCAAAGACUACGGAGGAACAGAAAAAGUUCUACUGCUCCAAUGCCGAUAUUAUUGUCAGUGCGGUGGGUAAAGUGAACUUUUUGAGAGGUGAUUAUGUGAAGCCGGGUGCCGUUAUUAUCGAUGUUGGUACAAACUACGUUGAAGAUAGCACUAAGAAAUCCGGACAUAGAUUAGUGGGAGAUGUGGACUUCGAAUCGUGCCGGGAGAAAGCAUCUAAGAUAACUCCUGUUCCAGGGGGAGUUGGACCUAUGACUGUUGCUAUGGUGCUUCAUAAUUUGCUAGAAGCUUCUAAGAGGGCUUACGGAAUCGAGUAG